AAUCGCUCGGUUUAUGUAGCAGCCUUUCACGCUGUGACUUGGUCGUGUCCUGCCUCUGUGAGUAAUACUGCAGACAGUUUACAUUCUCUGUUUCCAACAUCUGCUGCUGUGGAGGACACGCUGCUUGGUCUACAGUGUUGUUUGAACAGCUUGGAUCACUGUAAGGCCUGAGGUCAGAGGUCAGAGAGCCAUGGGGACAAGGAGAGUGCUUGUGACUGGGUGCUCCUCUGGCAUCGGCUUGGCUGUGGCUGCACGGCUGGCCAAAGAUGAGCUCAGACGGUUCAAAGUGGUUGCGACAAUGAGGGAUCUUGGAAAACGGGGAACAUUGGAGAAAGCAGCUGGUGACUCCUUAAACAAAACACUGGAAAUCAAACAGUUAGAUGCCUGCUGUGAAGCCUCCAUCAGAGAGUGUGUCAACAGCCUGCCAGACAGACGGGUGGAUGUUCUUGUGAAUAAUGCAGGUAUUGGCAUGAUUGGGCCACUGGAGUGCCAGAGUAUCACCGACAUGAAAGAGCUCUUUGACAUAAACGUCUUUGGCCUUGCACGGAUGGUGAAGGAGGUGCUGCCUGAUAUGAAGCGGCGGCAGAGUGGCCAUAUUGUUGUGAUGAGCAGCGUUAUGGGAAUACAGGGGCUUCUGUUCAAUGAUGUCUACUCAGCCUCCAAAUUUGCUGUGGAAGGAUUUUGUGAAAGUCUGGCAGUGCAAGCACUCAAGUUUAACAUCAAGACAACUCUAGUGGAACCUGGCCCAGUGGUAACAGAGUUUGAAAGGAAAGUGUACGAGGAUGCUGAGAACAUGGAUCUAUCAGAGACGGACGAGGAGACUGCCAGAAUCUUCCGUGAAAUUUAUCUGCCGUACUCUAAAAAAGUCUUCAACUCAUUAGGCCAGACACCAGAGGAAGUGGCAGAGCAAACACUUAAGGUGAUCACAGCCAGGGAGCCCCCUCUCCGCCACCAGACCAACCGCCUGUACAUGCCUAUGACUGCACUGAAGCAUGCGGAUCCAACAGGGCGUCUCCCUCUGGACACUUUCUAUAAGAUGAUCUUUAAACAUGACAACGUGUUCAAUGCUACUCUUGGAGUGCUGCGCAUGUUUCAGAAGAGGGUAGGGAGGAAAUAAAGAUUUGGCUGACAAAUUGCACAGAUUAUACCAGGUACAACAGAUAGUGAUUGAAUGUAGUUGCUACAAUGUGUUGUCACUGUGGUUUUUUUUUUUAAGUGUAAAGUCCAACAGUAAGGUGAGAGGUUUUUUUUUCCUGAGCAGUAAUGAACAUGGCACAAGCCAUAGGAUAUUAUAUGUAUAUCUGUAAACAUAAUUAUAAAUCCUUGUAUGCUAUAUUUAUAUAUUUCCUGCAGUGCAAUGACAUUUUCGUGCUCUUGUAUUUGUAUGUGUUAAUACUGUAUAAUAACACAAAUGUUAUAUCCAAGCACUCUUCCAUUAACUGUUAUUCACUAUAGGUAUCAAUGAUAAUAUGGUUUACACUUUAAGGAAUACAAAAGUAAAGCAAAAAUAAAUAAUUACAUUGUAAUGAUUUUAACAAAGGUUUAAUGUAAUCAGCAUAGUAAAUACCACACUGUAUAUGAUUUACCCAAUUGGCAAACACACUAGCAAACAAACAAGCAAAAAUAAAUAAAUACUAUACUGACAUCAGUUACAACUAUAUAAUGAAAUAACACAAAAA